CUCCCCAGUCGUCCCCACCGUCCUCUUCCAAUCCAAAACCAUCCUCCGUCCGAGCAAGCGGAAGCGCGGCCCCUGCUAGUGCUAGCACACAAGCACGCUCGCAGUUUGGCGGCGAUGCAACGCGCCGCGCUCCUCCGCCCGCUCGUCGGGUCCCCUCUCCUCCCCGUGGGUCCCCUCGCCGCGCGGCGCCGCUGCCGCUUCCGUGGAGGCGUUCGCGUGAGGUCCGCAACCGGGGAGGGCGGGAGCGGGCCCGGUGGUGGAGGUGGAGGCGGAGUCGGCGAGGGAGACGUCGCCGCAGCUUCUUGGCUGAGCUCGGCGGUGGGGGAAAAGGUGGACGAGCUGCUGCGGCGCGAGGAGAACCGGGCCCUGCUCGAGGGCGUCGAGGACGCCGAGCGCCGCGUGGAGCGCGCCCGCGCCGCGCUCGCCGACAUCGAGCGCCAGGAGGCCGAAGCGCGCUUGGCCCGCGAGGAGGUCCGCCGCCUUGAGAAGCGGCGCGACGAGAUUGCAGAGUCCCAGCGGGAAUUACUUCAAGCAAGAGAAAUGAUUGAUGAAGCUCAGCGUUCUUUGACUUCUAGUCUUGAGGAAGGAAGCUUUGGAGAUGUGCCAAAUGGUGAUAUUGAUGAAGAUAGCGAGAGACUAGAAUCUGUAAAAGCUGCUGCAGUUUCCUCUAUAGUUGGUGUUCUGGCUAGUUUGCCCAUAUCUUUCUAUGAAGUUCAAGAUCUGCCACAACUAUUUCUUCGGUCAUCAAUUGUUUUCAUGAGUUGUGCUUUGUUUGGAGUCACAUUCCGGUACGCUGUUAGAAGAGAUCUGGAUAAUAUCCAACUAAAAACAGGGGCUCCUGCUGCGUUUGCUUUUGUUAGAGGUCUUGCUCUGCUGGAAUCUGGUAGAACCAUCGAGCUGAGUACCGAUAGCUUGAUAUCAGUUGCUCUUGAUGGUGCAUUUAGUGUGGUUGAGAACAUUUUCAUAUUUCUGCCUGUUGCUGUUGCACUGGACUAUUGUUUUAAGAUGAGUUUUUUGAGUCCUUUUCCUAGAAGAAAACAAUAGCUUCUGUGAAGAAUAUGUAAUUAUAAUAUUGAUUGCUCCGAUUGUCAUAUGUAAUACAAAUGACAUCAUAGAUUCAUCAAGUCUAUCAAAUAAUAUUUUUACAUAAUCUUCUUCCUAA